AUGAGAAGUGACACAUUGUUUUAUAGGCUAUUCGGCACGUGCUGGCUGGUAUCCCCGCAUCCAACAAAUCAAAGACAAGCCAUUAGCCAACGGCUCGAACUCCUCGGCUCAGGAUCACUUUACACCGCAUGGCUCACAUCUACUGUUGCAUUUCAGUCUCACUCUGAUCGACGUUUAGGCCCCGUCCGUCGAGGCGCUGGGUUCGCGCCAUGA